AUGACAAACAACAAGCACACAGCCAUCGUGAUAGGCGCCGGCAUCUCUGGCCUCAAAUCGUGCAUCGAGCUCAGCAAGAACGGAAUCGACACGCUGAUGCUCGAGGCCCGCGACAGGCUUGGAGGACGUCUCCACACGGUCACCACCGAGUCGGGCCUGAAAGUCGAUCUGGGCGCGUCCUGGUUCCACGACUGUCUGUAUAACCCGCUUCUGAAAAAGUCUUUGGAGAAAGGCAAUGUCGAGAUCUACUUCGACAACGGCAAGCUGAAUGUCCACGAUAAGGAUAUCGGAGUUGUCGACGACAACUACAAAGUCCGGCCUGUUGUCGACGAGAUGUCCGAUUAUUUGCAGUAUGUGUGUGCCCAGAUGGCCCAUUCAGACGACAUGAGCGUCAAGAACGCUGCCCUCAGAUACCUCAAGGACAAAAAGAACACCCUGACCGAGUGCCAGAUCAAGCUUGCUCCGCAGCUGCUCAGAUACUACGAGAUGUGGAUCGGGUCGUCGUGGAACAUGCUGAGCGCACGGCUCAUUGCCAGCGACAACCACCAGGGCCGCGACGCCAUGGUCACCAACGGCUACCGCACCGUGUACGACAACGAGCUCGAGGAGCUGUACGAGAUCAUGGGCCGCCGCGACUUGGUGGGGUCGCAGAUUUUGCGGCAGAAGGUGGUGUUCAAGAUCGAGUUCAACGACCGCACCAAGGAGAUCGCCGUCCACACGAGAGACUACAGCGGCAAAAUCGAGACGUUUUUCUGUGAAUAUUUGGUCUGCUCUGUGCCUCUGAGCGUGCUGCAGCUGCAAGACAAAAAAGAACAGGGCCAUAUCGAAUGGAGUCCGCCGUUGCCGCUCUCGCUCAGAAAUAAGCUCCAGGGAAUCACGUACUCGCAGCUCGGCAAGGUGUUCUUCGAGUUCGAUCACGUGUUCUGGCCGACCGACGCCGACAGAUUUUUCUGCAUCCCGGAGUUCGACCACGAGAUCACCAAGUUCAUCGAGGCCAACACGGACACCAAGUUCGAGAACCUCAAGCAGGACCCGGUCUUGGAAAACUCGCCUAAACCGUGGACACAGCCGAUCCUGUUCCUCAACGUGUACAGAGGCACCGGAAGACCGGUGCUGCUGGCGCUCACGUCGAGUCCGCUCACCAGGUACAUCGAGACACACGAAAUCGACGACUUCUGGCCUGUUUUCAGGCCGGCGCUCGCCAACAUUGCCAACCUGCCGGACUCGUGCAUUCCGCGGCCGACCAACGUGGUCACGUCCAACUGGUCGGUCGAUCCGUUCGCCAGGGGCUCGUAUCUGGGCUGCGCGGUCGGCGACCUGGUCGACGAGGCGAUCGACGCGUUCACCGAGGCCAAGGACGUUUUUGACGGAAAGGGCAGGGUCAGGUUUGUGGGCGAGGCAUUAAUCGAGGAAGGAAACGGGUGUGCGCACGGCGCGUGGAUGACGGCUAUCAGGGAAACGGAAAAAAUCAUCAAGGCAAUCAAUCGUGGAAAAUUGUAG